AUGAACAUAGAUAUGGCAAUAAAUAAAGAAAAGACUCUCAAUAGCAAUAAAAACGGCGACAAGAGUAAUAAUUACAAACCAAAUAACAACGAAAAGUCGAAGAAUGGAAAAUCUAAGUCAAAAGACAAGGUUAAAAAGCCUCGUAAAGUACAUCCAGCGGCAAUCAGAGCCCGACAGAAAGAAGUCAAUCGUUUCUUAGGAUCAGUUCUUCUAGGGGUACCAGAGCCUCCAAAGAAACCAAAGCCAGUUUCUUUGUGGGAUAUGGUGCAAUGGGCGCAGAAUGAAAAUGUUAGUCUUGAAGACUUUUCGAAAAAAAUGAAGGGUAUCGGCAAGCUCACCACAAUGAAUGUUCCAAAGAAAACCUCUGCUCCACUGGAUGGUAAAAAUCAAGCAGAUAUUGGUAAAUUCUUGGCAAUGGACUGUGAGUUUGUUGGUGUUGGCAAACUCCGUGAAUCUGCUCUCGCAAGAGUUUCCCUUGUUAACUAUCAUGGUCAUGUGGUGCUUGAUGAGUAUGUUCGUCCUGAAGAAAGGGUCACUGAUUGGAGAACUUGGGUGAGUGGUGUCACUCCUUAUCAUAUGCGUAAAGCUAUCACUUUCAAAGAAGCACAAGAGAAGGUGAAGGUUUUGUUGGAAGGAAGGAUUUUGGUGGGCCAUGCUAUUCAAAAUGACUUGGAGGCUUUGAAGCUCAAACAUCCUAGAGAAGACAUCAGAGAUACUUCAUUAUUAUCUGCCUAUAGAAAAUAUGCUGGGGGAAAGACUCCUGCUUUGAAGAAAUUGGCUUUGGAAAUUCUUGAUUUUUGUAUUCAAGCGGGUGAUCAUUCCUCAGUGGAAGAUAGCAGGACUACAAUGUUGUUGUACAGGCUUAGGAAGAAGGAUUUUGAAAAUGGUAAAAGAUAA